AGGGGAAAAACCCGAAUAACUGAAGUCAGUAUAUGUCAAGAUGACCUCUGAAGAAAUGGUAACUUCUGUUCUUGUUCCUGUGACACAGAAGAAAGUGAUAGCUGCUCACUCAUCUACAGAUGAAAAUAGUGAAAAUGCCUCAAACAUCAAUGUUAUAAAAAAUACUAAGAAACUAAACAAAGAAAUCCCUCAUACUCUCUCAUGUUUAAACAGAUUUAGAGCAGGACAUAUUGAAAAUUCGUUGCCCAAGCUUUUUUCUGUGUCAGAUAAAGAAUCAAUUAGUGAUAAAAAUAGUGAUGAAGACUUUGAGGAGAAAAGUGUGGUGGAUUCAAUGAAAUAUAUUAACAUUAACUGUAACAACAUACCUAAAAAAUGCCAGUUAUAUAAAUCAUGUGACUCUAUAUCAGAAGAUAACUUAUGUUUGAAUACUGGAAUUUCACCUUCACUGGAAAGAAACAUGUUUUCUGGAAUUAAACUGGAAGUAGAUGAACCUUCAGGAGAAACAAAUCUGAUAAGAAGUCAAUCAGCAGGUAUUCUGGCUAGCCAAGAUCAUGCCAAUAGCAUGGCUAUAUUUUGUUUUCAUUGUGCAGCUGAGAGAAAUGUAUCAAAGACUUUCUGUACCAUAUCUGAUGGUUUAAUUUUAGAUGAUUGUGUCAGCUGUGUACAACUACCAAAUACUGGAGAUGAUGGAAAGGGCAACUACUCAGCAUAUACUUGUAGCUUAAUGAAACUGGCAAAUGACUAUGACAGUAAGAAUGGACUGAAGAUACGUGAUAACUGUGAUACCUUAAGUGAUAAAUAUUUAUGCUUAGAGAGAUCUUGCCAGAAGGUAAAAAUGGUAUGUUCAAAUAAAAGCUGUGGUGAUAAUUUUCCCGGAAGAAUCCCCACUAAGGCUUUUUUGAGUCAUUUGGAAGAUUGUACUACUGAUCAUUUUGAAGAAGACAUGGAGGAAGAUAGUUUUAAAAACAAAAAGGAGAGGUCUACUUUGUUAAUUAGAAGAUUUUGCAAAAAUGAUAGGGAAGUUAAGAAAUCCGUUUAUACUGGAACCAGGGCAAUUAUGAGAACCCUACCUUCUGGGCACAUAGGGCCUGGAGCUUGGAGUUAUAUUGAACAGAAAAGAAAUCAUGACUUUAAGAAGUUCAGCAAUUCAACAGAGCAUAUAGCCACAGUACAGAUUAGGCAAGAUGUGAAUCUCUGCCUUGGAAAAUCUCAUUGGCAUCUGAUCAACAACACAGAGAGAAGGGGAGAAGAAACAGAAGGCACUCUUGGAUCAUUUCUCCAUUUCUUCAGAAAUACUGUUACCUUAAACACUAUUCAUGGACAUAUUAGUACUGGUCCAUGCUUGAAACUAUGGGUUCGAGAUACAGCAUGUGAAUACCGAGCCACACUUCAAAGGACUUCAAUUUCUCAGUAUAUCACUGGCUCUCUGUUAGAGGCAACUACAUCUCUGGGUGCAAGAAGUGGCCUUUUAAAUACUUUUGGAGGAUCAGUAGGAAGAACAAUGUUGAAAGAACGUCAACCAUGCACCUCCGUGACUGGUUCAAUCAGCCUCCCUUCCAGUGUGGCUGGUCUGAGUAACGAGCUCAUCGAACUUCAACACCUCAUUCAGUUCCCAGAGGAAGUCGCUUGUAUCCUGACUGAACAGGAGCAGAGUAUCUACCGACAAGUAUUGCCCGUUGACUACCUUUGCUUCUUAACCAGGGACUUGGGAAAUGAAGAAUGCCAGAGUCAACUUCCCUGCCUCAAGGCCUCCGUAUCUGCCUCGAUUGUGACCUCCCAAAAUGGCGAGCACAAUGCUCUGGAAGAUCUUGUAACAAGAUUUAAUGAGGUGAGCUCUUGGGUGACGUGGCUGAUACUCACAGCAGGCACCAUGGAAGAAAAACGAGAAGUCUUCUCAUAUUUAGUACACAUCGCAAAAUGCUGCUGGAAUAUGGGCAACUACAAUGCUGUUAUGGAAUUCUUGGCUGGCCUCAGGUCAAGGAAAGUCUUAAAGAUGUGGCAGUUCAUGGACCAGUCCGACAUUGAAACCAUGAGAAGCCUGAAGGAUGCAAUGGCCCAACAUGAAUCUUCCUCUGAAUACAAGAAAGUGGUGAACCGGGCUCUGAAUAUCCCUGGCUGUAAAGUAGUCCCUUUUUGUGGUGUGUUUUUAAAGGAGCUUUGUGAAAUUCUAGAUGGAACAUCUGGAUUUAUGAAACUUUGUCCACGAUAUAACUCACAAGAAGAAACUUUAGAGUUUGUAGCUGAUUACAAUGGACAAGAUAAUUUCUUACAACGAGUAGGGCAAAAUGGCUUAAACAAUCCAGAGAAGGAGUCCACUGUCAACAGUAUUUUUCAAAUUAUCCGAAGCUGCAAUCGAAGUCUGGAACCUGAAGAAGAAGACACUUUUAGUGAAGGCGACAAUUCAAGGAAAAACUCCUUAAAGGAUAAAACUCGAUUACAAUUUACCAUUGGAGAGCUGUCUGAUUCAGAAAAUGACAUUUUUGAGCAGGCAAAAGAAUGGGAUUUCCGCACAACAGAAGAAGAGCAGAAAGCAUUCAACCAUGGAACAGAACUUAUUCCGUGGUACGUGCUGUCUAUCCGAGCCGACGUCCAUCAGUUCCUACUCCAAGGAGCCACCGUCAUUCACUACGACCAGGACACACACCUCUCGGCACGCUGUUUUCUUCGGCUUCAGCCUGACAAUAGUACCUUAACCUGGAUAAAACCUACGACGGCCUCAGUGGCGACCACGAAAGCCAGGCCAAGCGCCGCCGGAAGCCCCGCAGAGCCCGGCAAACUUCCGUCGCUUGGCAAUGCUGGCUUAAGUGGGUUGGUGGAAGGUUCCUUGGAUUUGUUUUCAGCCAAGGCCGUGUACAUGGGCCAUCCUGGCAUUGACAUGCACACGGUGUGUGUGCAGAACAAACUCGGCAGCAUGUCGCUCUCGGAGAACAGCGUGACGCUGCUCUACGGGCUGCAGACGACAGAUAAUCGAUUACUACACUUCGUGGCACCGAAGCACACCGCCAGAAUGUUAUACGACGGAUUAUUGGAAUUAACCAAAGCUGUCAGAAAAAUGAGGACGUUUCCAGACCAGCGACAGCAGUGGCUGAGGAAGCAAUACGUCAGCCUCUAUCAGGAGGACGGGAGGUUUGAAGGUCCAACUUUAGCUCAUGCAAUCGAGCUGUUUGGUGGCAGGCGCUGGACAACACGCAAUACGAGCCCUUCGACGCUCUCUAAAAGUGCAGAGAAACCCACUGUCCAGAGGAACAACACUCUGGGGAUAGGCACAAACAAGAAAAAGAAGAAGAUCCUGCUGAGGGGGGAAAGUGGGGAGGCUACCGAUGAUGAGAUGGCCGCAUGGAAGGCGAAAAUGUAUAAGGAGUGUCGUGGCCGCAGCGGUUCAGAUCCUCAAGACCUUAAUGAGCAAGAAGAAGCAGAUCCCAAUGGUCUCGGUCCUUCUGCCAACCCGCCCUCCAGAAGAGCUCGUUCUUUGACUCCAGCUGGCUGUGCAGCAUCCACGGCAGCCCCCGUCAGACCCCUCUCCUCUCCCGUGCUGUCGCCCUCCAGCAAGAGUCAGCCCAAUACAUGGAGCAGCAGUAGUUGGCAUGGCCGAGUGAAAGGUGGACUGAAAGGAUUUCAAAAUUUCAUGGUUUCGGAUAGUAGCAUGAGUUUUGUGGAAUUUGUAGAGCUCUUCAAAUCGUUCAGUGUACGAAGUCGGAAGGACCUCAAGGAUCUCUUUGAUGUUUACGCUGUGCCCUGCAGUCGAUCAGGCUCUGAUUCCAUCCCACUCUAUACAAACCUGAGAAUUGAUGAAAAUACCAGCGGCCUUCAGCCUGACUUAGAUCUGUUAACCAGAAACGUGUCCGAUUUGGGCUUGUUCAUUAAGAACAGGCAGCAGCUCUCAGACAACCAGAGGCAGAUAUCGGACGCUAUCGCAGCGGCGAGCAUCGUGACCAACGGCUCUGGCAUCGAAAGCACCCGGCUCGGGGCCUGCGGGGUCGGCAUCCUGCAGCUGAACGACUUCCUGGUGAAUUGCCAGGGGGAGCACUACACCUACGACGACAUCCUCAGCAUCAUUCAGAAGUUCGAGCCUAGCAUGAGUAUGUGUCAGCAGGGUCUAAUGUCAUUUGAAGGAUUUUCCAGGUUUCUGAUGGAUAAGGAUAACUUUGCAUCACAAAAUGAUGAAUCACAGGAGGAUGUUAAAGAAUUACAGUUCCCACUCUCCUAUUAUUACAUUGAAUCUUCACACAAUACAUACCUCACAGGACAUCAGCUUAAAGGGGAAUCAUCAGUGGAACUAUAUAGCCAGGUCCUCUUACAAGGCUGCCGAAGUGUAGAACUAGACUGCUGGGAUGGUGAUGAUGGGAUGCCUAUCAUUUAUCAUGGACAUACACUCACUACUAAGAUUCCCUUCAAGGAAGUCGUCGAAGCCAUUGAUCGCAGUGCCUUCAUCAACUCCGACUUGCCCAUCAUAAUAUCUAUAGAAAAUCACUGUUCCCUGCCCCAGCAACGAAAAAUGGCAGAAAUUUUCAAGAAUGUAUUUGGAGAAAAACUGGUGGCCAAGUUUUUGUUUGAGAGUGAUUUCUCUGAUGAUCCGAUGCUUCCUUCACCUGACCAACUUAGGAGAAAAGUGCUUCUUAAAAACAAAAAGCUAAAAGCACAUCAGACUCCAGUGGAUAUAUUAAAGCAAAAGGCUCAUCAGUUGGCAUCCAUGCAAACACAGACCAGUAAUGGCAGUAAUGCCAAUCCUACCCCAGCUAAUAAUGAGGAAGAAGAAGAUGAGGAGGAUGAAUAUGAUUAUGACUAUGAAUCUCUUUCUGAUGACAAUAUUCUGGAAGACAGACCUGAAAGUAAAUCAACAGGUGACAAACUACAGUUUGAGUACAAUGAAGAAAUUCCCAAGAGGAUAAAGAAAACAGAGAGCUCUGUUUGCAACAAAGGAAAGGUGUAUGACAUGGAACUGGGUGAAGAAUUUUAUCUCCCACAGAAUAAAAAAGAAAGUAGACAAAUAGCCCCAGAACUUUCUGACCUUGUCAUCUACUGCCAAGCUGUAAAAUUUCCAGGACUGUCAACUUUAAACCCAUCUGGCUCUAGCAGAGGAAAAGAAAGGAAAAGCAGGAAGUCCAUUUUUGGCAACAAUCCGGGCAGAUUAAGCCCUGGGGAGACAGCAGCAUAUGCCAAAACAUCUGGAAAAAGUUCCGUGGAUGGGCCGCGGCAGCCCUGGGAAGAAGUGUGUCCUCUCAACACCACGCCGUCCCUCAGCGCCCUCAUUCGGACCCCGAAAUGCUACCACAUCUCCUCCCUGAACGAGAACGCGGCCAAGCGCCUCUGUCGGCGCUACUCUCAGAAGCUGAUCCAGCACACCGCCUGCCAGCUGCUCCGGACAUACCCUGCGGCCACGCGCAUCGACUCGUCCAACCCCAGCCCGCUCCUGUUCUGGCUGCACGGCAUCCAGCUGGUGGCGCUCAACUACCAAACGGACGAUCUCCCCUUACAUUUAAACGCGGCCAUGUUUGAAGCUAAUGGUGGAUGUGGUUAUGUUUUGAAACCCCCCGUCCUGUGGGACAAGAACUGUGCUAUGUACCAGCAGUUUUCCCCAUUGGAAAGAGAUCUGGAAAGUAUGGCACCUGCUCUCUAUUCUUUAACUGUCGUCUCUGGUCAGAAUGUCUGUCCUGGAAACAGCACCGGCAGUCCGUGUAUUGAAAUCGAUGUCCUGGGAAUGCCACUGGAUAGCUGCCAUUUCCGCACUAAACCCAUUCAUCGGAAUACUCUGAAUCCCAUGUGGAAUGAGCAGUUUCUUUUCCGAGCUUAUUUGGAAGAUCUCAUAUUUCUUCGUUUUGCAGUUGUUGAAAACAACAGUUCAGCUGUCACGGCUCAAAGAAUCAUUCCACUCAAGGCUUUAAAAAGAGGGUAUCGGCAUCUUCAGCUGCGAAACCUCCAUAACGAAGUCAUGGAAAUCUCUAGCUUGUUCCUAAACAGCAGGAGGAUGGAAGAGACCUGGAGCGGUGGCGCAGCGGCGGCGUCUCUGAUGUUCAGCACAGAAGAGAGAAAAGGUCUGGUGACGUACAAGGUCACAGUCCAUGGGAUUCCGGGCCCUGAGCCUUUUGGCGUCUUCAUAAUAAAUGAAGAGACUAAAGCAAAGCAGCUUCUUCACCAAAUUUUGACUACUUCUCAAGGCUCUACACCAAUCAUCACAGACUGCUUUUUGAUGGAAGAAAAAUAUUUUAUAUCCAAAGAAAAAAAUGACUUCAGGAAACAGCCAUUUCAGAGAAUAAUCAGUCCAGAAGAAGAAAUUGUACAGAUUUUGAACAGCUGGUUCCCAGAAGAAGGUUAUGUUGGAAGGAUUAUUUUUAAAAUCCAGGAGGAACACGCAGAUGAGAAGAGCAUCUUCCAGGAAGAGAAGGAGGUGGCCCUGAGCUCAGAAGAGGAGAGCUUCUUCGUGCAAGUCCACGAUGUCUCCCCGGAGCAGCCCCGCACCGUCAUCAAGGCUCCUCGGAUCAGCACUGCCCAGGAGGUCAUCCAACAGACCUUGUGCAAAGCCAAGUACUCAUACAGUAUUCUAAGCAACCCCAACCCCAGCGACUAUGUGCUUCUGGAGGAGGUGCUCAAGGAGCCACCCAACAAGAAGUCCUCUUCAGCCAAGUCUUCCCAGAGGGUCCUUGGGGACCAUGAGUGUGUGUUCCAGGCUCAGAGCAAGUGGAAGGGUGCUGGGAAAUUUAUCCUGAAGCUAAAGGAGCAUGUGCAGGCAGCUCGAGAUGAUAAAAGAAAAGGCAUUUCUUUUGCUAAUGAACUUAAGAAAUUCACCAAGUCAAGUAAGCAACAUCGAGGAUUCACAUCACCUUCUCAGCUUUCAGUACCAGAAAGUAUCCAGAUGAAGGAAGAAAAACCUGUGGGCAGCUUCUCUUCUAAUGACAUGAUGGACCCAUAACUACCUUCAGUAAAUUCUAUCCAGGUAUGAUCACAGAUUCAUGACUCUCAGGACUAAAAGCAAGGCCCUUAAAUAAGUUUUUAAGGCACGCUUUCAAUCGUGUCCUUUUUUCUCUCAAGAAAAGGACACAAAGCAGAAUUAGUGAUCAUAAAUAGGAACCAAAAAGAUGUCCUACAAGAAAUUACUGACUAUACUUUUAUCCUUGAAAUAAAUCCUAAGACAUCCAAA